CCUUUCCUGGCCAUGGGAAUAACUAAAGCCCAAGCAUAUGCAAGAUAAGUAAAUCCUGAUUUUUAAAAUAAAUUAUGGUUGCUUUCAGGUGCUUUCAUCCUGCAAACAAUCUCUUCAUCUCUUCCUUGUCCACAUCCCACUUCCCUCCCUUUGACGCAAGCAGAGCUGCAGGGCUGAAUGGAGCAUAUUUGUGCUUUCAAUUACAUCUUUCUGGACAAGGGAUCCUCAUAUCCUCUCCAGAUAAAAAAGCUAUAAUAAAUUCACCGGGAGGGACUGUGCUGGGGAAACUACUAGUCUGCGAUGCAUUCAGCAAAGGUUAAAGGGAACGUCGGGGGCUAAGAAGUGUGCAAAGUCAACCAAGAAGGGGACAUAGUUUCCAAGGAUUACAAUGGAACGUGCUCCUUGGACCUGGUUAAAAGAAGGAAGGGAAUCGCGGAAGUUAGUGCUGCUGGUUGUGUUUGUUGCCUUGCUUGUGGACAAUAUGCUGUUGACCGUUGUGGUUCCGAUUAUUCCUUCCUUCCUAUAUGCUGCCUACAAAAAUACUAGCUACCCUGCUCUUCAGUCCACCAUUCCAACAGUUCAAGCGCUCUCCUCGGCUGCUUCCUAUGCCUCCAUCAUCUCCUAUUCUGACAAAACCACAGUGGCACCACAGAUGGUGGUGACCACCGCAGAAAACACUGCUGACAGUGUUGCUGUAAAUACAAAUGGCAUCCAAGACAGACAUGUUUUGCCUCAGCUCCCCGCAACUGCUUCAUCCCUGAACAGCAGUUGUACCAAUGGGUCAGAUUUUCUUACCAAAGAAAAUGUUCGUGUUGGACUACUCUUUGCCUCAAAAGCCUUGAUGCAGCUCCUAGCCAACCCUUUUGUGGGACCCUUAACAAACAGGAUAGGAUACCACAUCCCCAUGUUCCUUGGGUUUGUCAUCAUGUUCCUCUCUACACUCUUGUUUGCUCUCUCGACUACCUAUACAUUGCUGUUUAUUGCUCGAGCCAUGCAGGGCAUUGGUUCUGCCUGUUCCUCUGUUGCAGGUUUGGGGAUGCUGGCGAGUGUGUACACAGAUGACUAUGAGAGAGGAAACGCAAUGGGAAUUGCCUUAGGGGGGUUAGCUUUGGGGGUGCUUGUUGGCGCUCCUUUUGGAAGUGUGAUGUAUGCCUUUGUCGGGAAGUCCUCUCCCUUCCUGUUCUUGGCAUUUCUGGCUCUGUUGGAUGGAGCUUUACAGCUUUGUAUCCUGCAUCCAUCUAAGAUUUCGCCCGAGAGUACCAAAGGAACUCCUUUGUUGACCUUAUUGCAGGACCCGUAUAUUUUGAUUGCAGCAGGUUCAAUCUGCUUUGCUAAUAUGGGAGUGGCCAUUCUAGAAACCACUUUACCCAUCUGGAUGAUGCAAACCAUGUGCUCUCCUGAAUGGCAACUGGGGGUAGCUUUUCUUCCUGCCAGUGUGUCCUACCUGAUCGGCACUAACCUAUUUGGGAUGUUAGCCAACAAAAUGGGACGAUGGCUCUGUUCACUGAUUGGGAUGGUGGUUGUCGGAAUCAGCCUUCUUUGUAUUCCCCUGGCUCAAAAUAUCUACGGACUCAUUGUGCCCAACAGUGGGGUUGGUUUUGCUCUUGGUAUGGUGGACUCCUCUAUGAUGCCCAUCAUGGGAUACUUGGUGGACCUUCGCCACACCUCCAUCUAUGGCAGCGUCUAUGCCAUUGCUGAUGUAGCCUUCUGCUUGGGCUUUGCUAUUGGGCCUUCUACAGGUGGUGUGCUUGUUCGAGCGGUUGGCUUUCCCUGGUUAAUGGUCAUCAUUGCGGGCAUCAAUUUGGCAUAUGCCCCUCUCUGUUGGCGUCUGCGGAGUCCCCCAGCCAAAGAGGAGAAGAUUGCAAUUUUAAGCCAGGAUUGCCCCAUGCAGACCAAAAGCUAUGUGACCCAGAAGGCUCUCAAGGAGUUUCCACUCACAGACAGCAGCGAUGAUGAAAUGGAGACCGCAGAAUAGAAGCUGUAGAGAGUGGCCGGCAAUGGGAGACACUUUCAGAUAUUGUAAUUGGAAUCCUCUGGAGCUUUUCUUCCCAUCUUCUCAUGGAGAGUUCCACCGAGAGCUGGGGAAAAUUGGAGGCUCCAGAUACUUUGAACUAUAGCUUCCAGAGUCCUGUAUCACUGACUAUGUACGGUGGGGAUGAUGCAAGUUUAAGCCAAAGCAACUAAAGGGCCAAAAUUUCUCCUUCCCUUCCCUAAAACAAACAAACUAUGAUUGGAAUGCAGUGGGGAAAGAUGAUACAAAUCUUGUUCCUGCCUUACACAAUGCAAGAACUUCCAGAUGUGGUUCAACUACAAAGCCUAUUGUCCUCAGCUGGUGAAUGGUUGCUUCUGGGGUGGUGGACAUUUUAAUACGGAACCUCUGGGGGCAGAGGCGGUCCAAUGGCGAGGCGAAUUAAGCAGUCACCUGUGGUGCACACCAACAGGGGCGCACUCGAGACGCUCCUGUGUAAGCAUGGUGCCACCACUGUUGCCCAUGCUUUUUUCUGCCUCAAGGCAAUGGAAGCCUUAUGCGUGCGCACAGGAGUCCCAUCGGCCAUUUUGGGUGAUGGGACUCGUGUGCGCAUGCGCAGAGCUUCGAUAGCUCAUGCGGACACGUAAGGCACACCAGCCACCCAUCCGUGCGAGAGAUCAAAGUCCUGCGCAUGCGCAUAGGAGUCCCAUCACCCAAAAUGGCUGAUGGGUCUCCUGUGCGCACGUGCAGGGCUUCGAUCGCUGGCGGAUGGGUGGCUCAGCUGGCGAUGGGCCUGUGCGCAUGUGCAGGACUUCCAAUCGAAUGCAUGAUCAUUGGAAGGCCUGCGCACACGAACAGGCCCAUCGACAGGCAGGCAGCGGGCGAGGAGUCCUCAAACAGCAAGGGAGAGCAGGAGGGCAGGCAUGCGGACGGGUGGCUGGGCCUUCUGCCACUGCCGCCAGUGGUAUUUAUCAGCAAUUUGUUUUUUUUUUGGGGGGGGGGCGCCAAAAUUCGGGAGGGGUGCCAAAAUUCCAAUCGCCUACUCCCAAAAAUUACCUCAGGAUGGCUCUGUCUGGAGGACAUCUGUAGAGAGGGCUGGCUUCACAUACUGCACUUCAGAAAUUAAUAAAUAUAACCUGUAGUCAUUUCUGAGA